CGAAGAAUUCAAUUCCAUGAAGUAGGAUUUCCUUUGGGCUCAUGAGUCUGGAAUAAAUUGAAAAGGUUAAAAGAUAUGGAUUUCGCGAGCAUAAUUUAUACGUAAAUCUUACCCAAAACGGUGGUAAAUUCCACCGAAAUCUUGGCCAGUGUGAUGAACUGGCCUUGGAUUCAACGCUGUAAAAUUUAGCGUCCUUGGAAGUGUAAAUUCAGCUUGUCUUGACAUUUUGUAAUUGGAACAAUAAGAUCCGAAUCAAAAUUUGGAUUAAAUGGAAAUGUAUGUAUGUAGUAUGUAAUGUAUGCAGGAAAAAUGGUACAAGAUGAAGGUCUGCAAAAAGACUGACUCGGAUAGACAGCAAAAGAUGAAGCUGCUCCUUUUUGCCUGUGAAUCAUUGGAUUUCAACAGAAGGAAACUUGAUAUCAUUGUUUGUCAUGCAAAAGUCUGCAAGUCUCUCUUUGCUAAAAAGGAAGGCAGGGAUGCGAGCUGGGCAAUCUUAAGAACACUUUCUUUAUUUAGUCUGUCAUAUUUCUGCAUCUUAACAUGCUAGAGGACGUAGAUAUUGAUAUAGAUAUUGUUAAUGUUAGAUAGUAAUUUGAUAGUAGUUUAUUUUAUAAGCCAGACUUGUUUCAUACUGCAAGUACUCACCACGUCUGGGAAUAAAAUGAAAUGCAUUCAUUUACUCAUGAUCAAAUUCUCUUCUUUUUCUUUUUUUCGCAGUAUAUUUCUGCAUCUAACAUGGAUUUUUGUUGUGGUGAAAGCCCACAUUCCAUGACUGAUGACGGGAUGGAAUGUCCAGAUUCAUUUACUGGUACCCAACGCCCAUUCUCCCAUCGCAUUGUUUUUAGCAAACUUACUUUGUGCGUCCCACCGUGCUGCUGCGUAUCAGCCUUCAGUUUCGCCUGUUGUCGAAACGCCUGCUGUUCUGGGUCAAAAUUAGCGUCGUAUGAUGGAAAAUCUAACGUUUUCUGGGAGCGAUUUUCUGCGAAUUUAUAGUUUUCUUGAACUACGCCUUUAGGGUCACCAACAUUUAGCGAACCAGGUGAGAGAUAGGCCGCCAUGAAAAGGUCUGACUUAGAAGGCGUUGGUAAAAUCCGUAGUUGUGGUUCGAUAUUUUCUAAUUUCAUUUCCCGUGCCCCAGGAUGGUACUUGUCGCACGGCUCCCACCCAAGAACCGGCGUAUCUGACCCCGUUGGCGUAAACUUUUUCUGCACAAAGUACUCGGAGAAUGCUAAUUUCCUUAUACGGAAAUUUUGUAAACUUAGCAUUAGAGUAGAAAUAUCGGCGUUGGACCACCUGCAAACAAAAUUUGUUUUACUGCAUAAAUUACUAAAAGUUUUAAAUUACUAAAUAUUUUAUAUUACCCAGUGGUAUAUAAGAUCAAAGUCUCCCAGUCUUCCUCAGUUAAUUCUUUCAGCAACGAGCUAUCCAGUCCCUCUUCAAGUAGAAUCCUUCUGUCCAAAUCACCGGGAAGAGGGACAUGGAAAAAAGUACUAAGGCGUCUCCUUUUCAAAUGUAGGAAGUGAUUAGUGAAUACCGUGAAAGAUUUGAUUUUCUAUUAAAAGCAACAUUUCAUACCACACUGCUUUAUCAAUUGCAUCAGGAUGAUUAGUAGCUCAGACGACAACGACAGAUUUUUCAGGGCAACUCUGAUUGUGAAUUAGAAUUUCGUCGAAUAAUUGCAGCCACUCGCCGACUUGGCGUGCCGGUCCAUCAUGGGAAUUAUUAUCUCUUUCUGGGAGCAAGGUCUCGUUUCAUCUGUAUAUAAAUUUUUUAAUAUAAGUAUACCUAUGCAUAUAAGUUUCCCCAAUUUCAUGCAUGAAAAUCUGUACCGAAAAACAUUAACGUUGGUCCCUUCUCACUAGCAACUUUGAACGCAGCCUUGAGCAAUUGCUGCGACUCGGAUCACCACUUAGAGGUGACGUCGGAGCUUUUUAGUUGCAUGAAACUGAAGCUUAGCCUCUCGGCUAAGCCUCGUGCCAACAUAGUUUUUCCUAUAAAUUGACAUGUAUGUGUAAUUAGAAUUCAAACUACGAAGAAAAAGAAGAGUGAAACACACAAAUUACCAGUCCCAGGGCUUCCGAAAAAGCAAGCUCCAGAAAUCAGAGCACUGGGGGUUGUGGAGUUAGAAUGUUGGAUAAUUCUUGGCAAAACAAGGACGGCAUCUAUAUCUUGUUUUAGUUUAUUAUAACCCUUAAUGGAAUCCCACGGCACGGUUCUGGCCUUCCCGUUUUCUAGUAUUGUUUCCAUGAUUUUAGUAAGUUGUUUAAAGUCUUCUGUACUUUUCGUGUGUGGUGAUGAUUUUUGUUUAUGUUCAUCCGAGGUUUGCGUGGAUGCAUCCACCUUGCUAGAUAGGUUUGUCUUAGCUAACAUCUCACAAAUAUUUGAGUCGACGAAUUCAUGCAGAGAAGUUUGUGGUAAAACACAGUUUUCAUUUUUUUCUCCAGCAUUGGGCACUUCAGGGACAGAGUAAAUUCGAAUUCUGCUAUUCAGUAAAGACUCCUUCGCCUCUUCUUGUAAUUCCUGCAAGUAAUGUUCUUGUUUACCAAGUGUCUUGAAUGCAUUUGCCAUUUCCUCCUUCUCACAAAGUCCGAAAGAGUAGCGGCCUAAAUAAAUAUAGAAUUUAAUGUACAAAAAUUAGGACUACGCACGAUCUAGUACAUAUUGUUUAAUGCUUACAUGCAGUCAACUUUCUCUCUGCAACCUGCAAAUAAUGCAGCGCUACCUCAUAUCUAGAGCAUGAGAAAUGACGAGACGCUGUCUCCAUCAGCUCCAUAGCUUCUUUGUUGUACGAUUUUCCCCUUCGUAGAAAGCUUAGAUGCACUUGAUGACGUUCCACCUUUACUCUUUCUUCGCGGACAUGUUUCUUCGGUAAAUCAGGCAGUUUCUCUGAGGGGAGUUUUCGGCGAGGGGGUGGCCGUGGUGGCAACGUUGGAGCACCCUGAGCAGUAUUUGUUGUUACACCUUGGCAAUUUCCUGGUUCCAGGGGCUGUUCGACCGGAAAGGAUGACCUGGUCAUCUCUCUGAAGCAUCGCAUUGAAUUGUCCCUCAUUUCCUGGCAAUUUCUUGCGAGGUUGUCGAUCCCUAUCCUGGGAUCAAUUCAGUCACGCUGGGACCAAUUCAUUCGACUCCAAACCUUCACAUAUAUACAUACAGUACCAGUUUCAUUAAGCUUUACGUAUCUAAGUCAAAGAAAAUUCUUACAUUGUUGAAAUUGAUUGCACGCGGUCUUGUAGUGCUGGGCUGCUGCUUCGUAAUCCUUGCUUCCAUAAAGAUUGUUACCCUUUUGUAAUUCUGCACAUGCAGAUUGAAACCCCACAAUACUGUCGUAAUUUUCACCACCAGAACAUGCAAAUUGGUUGUCCAUUUUUAAGGAUAAUUAAAAUAACUAUCUGGAGUAAGGAUUCUUUCUCCGUAUGAAUGAGCUGCACAGAUGAAAUGAGUCAUGUAUGGAAUUUGCAAUAACAAUUGUAUCAAAUGUCAUCCUUAUCCCGAUAUGCAUGCAUGUACAUACAUAUGUACACGCAUGUAUGUACAUACAUAUUUACAUGCAUGUAUGUACAUACAUAUGUACAUGCAUGCAUAUGCAUGCAUCAUCUUGAUUCAUAACUUCUCCAGAUCUUUUGUUCAUCAGUCUCUUGACUGCACACUACUGAUUCAGAUAGAAAGCAGAUUUUUAUUUAGUUUGAAAAUGCCCAAAAACACUGGAGUAAGGAAAGUAGACUUUAAAAAUGCCCAAAGACAAGUGCAGUGUGGUUAUUGUUACAAAGUAUUUGUCUUCCGGAAUGUGGGCAGGCAUUGCGAAGAUGUCCACAAAAAAGCGAAGAAGUUUAUGGAUAUUGGAACCAGAUCAUUAACAUUCGUAAGCAAAACUGGUUACAUACUAUUUCUUUGUACUAAUUAAAGAAUUAAAAAAUAGCGGCCACCCCCAAACCCUGACCCCCUGCCCACCAUCGACGCUGGACAAAUCGAAGAUGAGAUGGAUUCUGGGCAGAGAGAGGAUGUGAUGGGCGCUGGACAGAGGCAGGAUGAGGUGGGCGCUGGACAGAGGGAGGAUGAGGGGGGCGCCGGACAGAGUGAGGAUGAGAUGGGUGCUGAAAGAGAGAUAGACAUUGGACCACAACCUGAUUAUAUGGAUACCGCACGCUCAGAUGCAGAUUAUGCAGAACUGCCAACCAGCGAUAGGGAUCCAGGAUCAAGUCGAGCUAGCAUUACGUCAAACCCCCAGAUCUCUACUUUAAACCCUGAAUCAUCUGCACGAAUUUCAAAAUUAGAGGAGGAGAUGAGUGCAUUAAAAAAAGAAAACUGUCAGGUUUUGGAGGUGCUUCACCAAGUUCUUAAUAACCAGAUCCAAAUGAAAGAAAUGAUGGGACACAAUAUUUCUGCUCAAAGUCGUGCUCAAAGUUCAACGUCGUUAAUAACUCCGCAAAAAUCCCACAGCGAGAUUGAGGAGGAAUAUAGGAAGAGCAAUGCAUCCCAUUGCAGAAGCGUUGAAGAUAUUAAACUCCAUUUACCUGUAUUUAAGAACCAUUAUCCAGAUGCGGAAAGUGAAGUACCUGAUGGCAUUAGUUGCAAGUUAUGUGCAUCACCAAGACCACAACGAAGUGGAGGACAUGAAGGAAAAGUAGAUGGUGUCUUGCACUAUAAAUUAAACUCAACAUCAUUUCCGAAACCUACUAAGCUUCCUUCCGAAUUUAAAACCCUGAGGGAGGGAGCAGUCGAUCAUGUAUCCUCUAAAGGGCAUUUACAGAAGAAGAAAGUUAAUACGGACGAAGAGGAGUACAAGCGCAAAACGGCACCAAAAUAUUAUGAGCGUGGAAUGCGCCUGGGGAGGCUAGCUUACAAGUCAAUUCAUACAAAUGCUAGCCAACAAUCAUACGAGCUCGAAUGUGCAUUUUCAUCAGCAAACGGCCUUGAUAUCGGCGACCUAAAUCACAGUCGCCAGUUUGCUGCAGACAUGACACCCUACUUUUACAACAUUAUUCGAUCGGAAUUGAGACUUCAGUCUGAAUCAAAAUUAGAUGGGACAGGCAGAAGGAGUCCGUAUAGCUUAUCGUAUGACAAGUACACAACCAAUCGCCACACACUAGGAAUUGUGGGAGUUAACAUGUACAAUGGUUCUGGGAUUACAACGUUCUUUGGAGCCGCAAAAGAGGUAUCAAACACUGGGCAUUCUGCCAAAGGGGUCGCUCAUCAUAUUAUGGAAGCUGCAGAGAGUGUCCUUGGACCAGUCGAAAAUUGGAGAAACAAUUAUGUUGGAUCGACUGCAGACGGUGCUGUAAUUCAUCUGAAUUAUCAAAAUACGCUUCAUAACCUCGUUAACCAAAAUCAAGAUGCAGGUCAAUUUUACAGUGUCAGUCAUGAUUAUGGACACGUACUCGAGUUGGCUGCUGCAGAUGCAAAACACCAUCCUGCUUGCUCAUGGGUUGAACAAAGAGAGAGUCAAAUCAGUAAUCUGCAUAAGCGUCAUGGAUAUGGAAAAUCCCUUUAUCCCUUAAUAGAAACUGCUCAAGCCGGAGGCUAUGAUUAUCGGACCCCUAUACUUCCCUCAGCAACGCGAUGGGCAACCUAUGACCUGGGGGUUUUGGACGCCUACAUUUCAAAUUAUUCCGCCAUGUAUGCAAAACUCAUGGACGAACGCGACAAUGAUCUUGAUGAUAUGAUGCAUGUAAAAGCCAUUGUGGAAACCACCGGGGCAGCCGAUAUUAUGGAACAAGUAUCAAAAUGCUCUAGAACACUCCAGCUGCCAGAUAUUUAUCCCUGGCAAGCAGAGGAAGUCAUUUCAAAGUACACGAGAAAUUUACAGUCAAUCUCUGAUGGACUUGCAGAUGACACCAUUUCCGGAGAGAACUUGAAUUCUGUAAUUGACCCAGACUUUCGACAAAAUAGCAAAAACAGGAAGUACACCGGGCAACUAAUCCGUAGAACAUCUGAAGCCUUGUCCGAAAUAGAGAAAUAUCACACUUAUCAAGGAAAUGCAAUUAUGAACAGACAACAACGUCGAGUAGCAAACUCCACGCGAGCCUUCGCUCAGUCGCAGUUAGGUGACAAUAAUCAGGAAAUCGACACUGCUUCUAUCAUUCAGAGCUCAAGGAAGCAGGUCAGCCUAUAUGCAAAUUGGAUGAGAAGAAAAAUCGACAAGCGUUUUAAUAGCACAAAAGAAUCAAUUAAUACCGAGGCUGCAGAGUUAUUCUCUAUGAAAUCCAUUCUGCUACGAGAACGGACAAGUGUACCAUCAUCACUACAUUCAUAUGCCGACAAGGCACGAAAAAGUGGAUUUAUUAGUGAUGAAGUUGACCUUGAUGAUUUGGCAGACCAAUACUCACAGUUUGCUUGUGAUAUUCACGAUGCAAUGAAUGACAAAUUUCAAACCCUGUCAAUUUCGCAGCGACGGGAAACAGAGAAAACCUAUUACAAUGGCUUAAUAUUUGGAACGCCAGAACCUAAGCCAUACAAGGAUGUAAACCACCUUUUGGCCGGUUCGACAAUGCGAUUAUCAAAUGAAUCGCAGGUUGAGGCGAUGGGGAGUGUCAUCAAGCAACAUUCAAGAGGUCGGCCAAAUCUGGGGGUUGACAAUCUCAGCAAUGAAUCUUUUAUUUCUUGGAAUGGACCGCGACCCACCGUCCAAGCCAACAAACUUGUUGAAUAUUUAUUGAAGAAGGCCUACGGAAGUGAUCCAUCAGAGUGGAAUCUGUCUAGGAGAACAGAAAGGAAAGAUAAGAUACAUUACUAUACCACUUCCAAAGUUGUCGAUCGAAUUAACACAGAGAGUGAGGGCCGUCUCAGCUUUAAACAAAGAGAUUUUGUGGAAUACGAGAAUUUGUUGCAUGAGUUGGGAAGCAAACGAUGUGAGGCAGUCAGAAAGAAGAACAAAAAUGAAGAAAUGGCUCAAGAGAAAGCAGAGAAACGCGAGCAAAGAAUCCAGUUACGUAAUGAACACCUUGAUGAACAUCCUGAUCCAGAAGCCUCAUCCGUCAUGUACCGCGAAGAAGAUGUUGCGGGUACUUCGCGCCCACCUCGUAUCCAGAACGAGGAAAGGUUCUCACCCAUUUUAGUAGAUGAUGAGGUUGAUGAUCGCGACUCUGUUGCAACACGAAGUAGCGCAAGCAUGCCAAGGCUGAGACCUAUGGUCAUAUACAGUGAUGAGGAAGAGCACGAAGAAAAUGAGAAGUCAUGCCCAAGCAUGGACUAUUACGGAGAUGAAGACUAUUACAGAGAUGAAGUAGAACUACGUAUCAAUCUUGAUAUGUAAAUUGAUAUGUAAGUUGAUAUGCAACGUUAUAU